CGCUCUCGUCCCGCCACGAGCUUCUGCGUCCUGCUACGCACGCGUUCUCAGCCACUUUUUGCCGGCCCUGCAGCCCCUGUAUCGCCGUCAAGCACCUCCAGUCGCGCAGCAAGUAUGGCGACCUCGACCCCGGCCGAGGCGACUUUCCUCGAGUGGUUCAAGGCGGCGGGCGGCACGGUGCACCCGGCAGUGCAGCUCAAGGAAGACUGCGAGGGUAUGGGUCGUGGCGCCAUCGCCGGCGAGGACAUCGAGGCCGACACACUCCUCUUUUCAAUCCCGCGCAACAUCCUCCUCACGACCGCGACCGCGUCGCUCCAGUCGCUCCUCCCGCCCGACGCCUGGUCCUCGCUCGGCGGCUGGACGCCCCUCAUCCUCAGCAUGAUGCGCGAGUACCUCCGCACGUCGACCUGGACGCCCUACUUUGCGCUCCUCCCGACCCGGUUCGACGCCCUCAUGCACUGGUCGCCCGACGAGCUCGACGAGCUCAAGGGCAGCAAUGUCCUGACCAAAGUCGGGCGCGACGAGGCCGACGAGGAGUACGAGGACACAGUCAAGGCGUUCGUCAAGGAGCACGAGGACGUGUUCGGCAACGCCGACGAGUACACGGCCGAGCUGUUCCACCGGAUGGGCAGCCUCGUCCUGAGCCGGAGCUUCCACGUCGACUCGAAGGACGAGAACGAGGACGAGGAGGACAGCGACGACGAGGACGACGAGGAAGAAGAGCGAGAGGACGUCGCAGACGUCGCCAUGGUCCCGUUCGCCGACAUCCUCAACGCCAAGAGCGGGUCCGACAACGCACGCCUCUUCUACGAGCCGGCGACGCUCAACAUGAUGUCGACGCAGCGCAUCCCUGCCGGCGCCCAGAUCUUCAACACGUACGCCGACCCGCCCAACUCGGACCUCUUGCGGCGGUACGGCCACGUCGACGAGUUCAACGACGCCGACUUGGUCGAGAUCGGGCUCGAGACGGUCGUCGACUUGGUCGGCGCGGCGGCGGGCCUGAGCGAGGAGGAGCGCGAGGCGAGGGCAGAGUGGCUGCUCGAGGUCGGCGUCGACGACACCUACGCGAUCGAGACCGACCACAAGCUGCCCGACGAGCUCAUCAUGGCCAUCCGCACGUUCCUCCUCGACGAGGCCGACUACGCCAAGGCGCAGAAGAAGGAGUCGCCGCCCAAGCCAAAGGUCGACCCGGCCACGGCAGAGUGGGCCCGCAAGAUCCUCGACCACCGCCUGAGCGAGUACUCGACCAGCAUCGAGGACGACGAAGCGGCUCUCAAGCAGGUCGACUCGGCCGUGCUCCCUCUGCGCAAGCGGAUGGCCCUGAUCGUGCGCGUGGGCGAGAAGCGCAUCCUGCGCGCCGCACGAGACAAGCUCGUCGCCGAGUUCCCCGCGACGGGCGCAGCGCGGGCGCAGAAGAAGGAGAAGAAGCGCGCGAGGGAGGGCGAGGCGGCGGGCGGCAAGGCGUCGUCGUCCUCGGGCAAGAAGACCAAGGUCCGGCAAUGAAGCUGCGCUCUCUUCUC